GUAAUUACGAAAAGGUUGCUCGUAGCGUUUUACUAGUCACUACGCUACACCCGUCAACACAGAAACAUUCCUCUUUUAUACACUCCAGAAGGUAGACUGCUCUUCGGCUCCAAACCGGAGAAGAUGAUCGUGUGCGUCGCCGUCGUCGGUCACCAGAACAAUCCGUUGUACAUACAGAGCUUCACCGAGGCAGACGAUGCUCUGAAGCUCCACCAUAUCGUACACUGCUCCCUUGAUGUCAUUGAUGAACGAGUGAAUAAUCCAAGGAAAUCUGGGCCAAUGUUGAAUGAGACAUUUCUGGGUUUGCUUUAUCCAACAGAAAAUUAUAAAGUGUAUGGUUAUUUAACUAACACAAAGGUUAAAUUCAUCUUGGUGACAACUGAUUUGGAUGUUAGAGAUGCUGAUGUGAGAAAUUUUUUCAGGAGGUUCCAUGCUGCAUAUGUCGAUGCAGUUUCCAACCCAUUUCAUGUGCCAGGUAAAAAGAUCACAUCUAGAACUUUUGCAGAAAGGGUGAGCAACAUUGUCAAGUCAUUUGGAUUUAGUUCAGGGUGAAUUACCAAUGUAAAAGUUUUCUUGUAUUUCUUUAUGAAACUGGUGGAUAUAGUUUUCUUUGUCUUCAGCUUCGAAUGCAGUUGCUGCGUUGGAGGUUGAGAGUAUCAGAAAACUAGUAAUUGUAACGUUUUACAUCAUUUGUUUCCAUCACGUUGCCUGCCUUAUUGAAUUAACUUGUUUUCCCUUGAAUACAA